GUGUCCCGGUCAGCUGAUGCUAACGCUAGCAGCCCGGACGGACGGUUUAGCAGCAGGGACGGAUCUGACGGUCAGCCAGGAUGCCUUUCUCCGAGCUAUACUUCAACGUCGAUAACGGCUACCUGGAGGGGCUGGUCAGAGGGUUUAAAGCCGGAAUCUUGUCCCAGGCGGAUUAUUUAAACCUCGUUCAGUGUGAGACUCUGGAAGACCUGAAGCUGCACCUGCAGAGCACCGACUACGGCAGCUUCCUGGCCAACGAGGCGUCUCCGCUCACCGUGUCCGUCAUCGACGACAAGCUCAAGGAGAAGAUGGUGGUGGAGUUUCGCCACAUGAGGAACCAGUCGUACGAGCCGCUGGCCAGCUUCAUGGACUUCAUCACGUACAGCUACAUGAUCGAUAACGUCAUCCUGCUGAUCACCGGCACCCUGCACCAGCGGGCCAUCUCCGAGCUGGUGCCCAAGUGUCACCCGCUGGGCAGCUUCGAGCAGAUGGAGGCGGUCAACAUCGCCCAGACCCCCGCCGAGCUCUACAACGCCAUCCUGGUGGACACGCCCCUCGCUGCGUUCUUCCAGGACUGCAUCUCUGAGCAGGACUUGGACGAGAUGAACAUUGAAAUAAUCCGUAACACACUGUAUAAGGCUUACCUGGAGGCUUUUUAUAAGUUCUGCUCCAACCUCGGAGGAACCACGGCCGACACCAUGUGUCCCAUCCUGGAGUUCGAGGCGGACAGGCGCGCCUUCAUCAUCACCAUCAACUCGUUCGGCACCGAGCUGUCCAAGGAGGACCGCGCCAAGCUCUUCCCCCACUGCGGCAAGCUUUACCCAGAAGGCCUUGCUCAGCUGGCCCGGGCGGACGACUACGAUCAGGUCAAGAUCGUCGCCGACUUCUACCCGGAGUACAAGCUGCUGUUUGAAGGAGCCGGCAGCAACCCAGGCGACAAAACGCUGGAGGACCGUUUCUUCGAGCACGAGGUGAAGCUGAACAAGCUGGCCUUCCUCAACCAGUUCCACUUCAGCGUGUUCUACGCCUACGUCAAGCUGAAGGAGCAGGAGUGCAGGAACAUCGUGUGGAUCGCCGAGUGCAUCGCCCAGCGGCACCGCGCCAAGAUCGACAACUACAUCCCCAUCUUUUGAGGCUCCGCCUUCUUCCUCCUCAUGUCAUCGUUGUCCUUGAGCGGCGUCUCCGGUCUCCCUUCGAUGUGUCACAUUCUGACAGUCUGAUGCUAAAUCUUGUGCAUUCUUUCGCUGGCUGGUGUAAAUUGUUUUCUAUGGUAUUUUCUGCUGCAGCGAGAGUUUCGUUUUGGGCUCAAAACACUUUGAACGCCGCCGUCUUCUUCUUAAAGACACAGAAAGUGAACAUAUCGCAGAAAUGAAACAUUCCGCUGCUCAUCACCAGUAUUUAUUUCUGUUGUAGUGCUUCCUUCUGUCAGCAUGUCUGGUCAUAACUGUGCCCCCCGUCUGCUGUCUUAACUAUAUUGUUGUUAGAUAUCCGUAAAAGCAGCAGGUGCCCCCCCCCCCCCCCCGGUUAGUGUAAAUGAACGUGCUGGAAUGAGGUGAAAUCUUGAGUAUACGACCGGCUUAAUGUUUAAACUAUACAAAGAUAUAUAGAUAUUUAAAGAUGAUUCUAUGAUUUUACUUCUGCUGUAAAAAGAAAAAAAGAGUUGGAUUUGUUUGUGUUUCUUACUCGUGGAACGUGUUCUGUAAAUGUGAUGAAGAAAUAAAUGGACUCAGCUGCUCUGAUGCAGGUCUGGAAGAACUGA